AACAAGAUUAGUCUAAACUAUAAAUGGGAAAACAAUUUAAGCCUCCCAACUUAUAGCAUAAAAAAAUGAUUAAAAUUCAAAGGCUGGCCUUAGAUCUCUCCUAUGCACAACUCAGCUUCUAAACCACAAAAUCUUCCUUGAGGUUUGGAAUAUAGCAUUGUUUAUUCAAUUUCACCAACUUUGGACCCUCUUCCUUUAAUAAUUUUCUAUCACCAACUUCUUCUAUUCUUGGCAUUUGAGGCCAACGUUGUCCCUUGUUUCUUCCGGCUCUCUUCAUCCCCCAAAAACAAAGAAAUCAUCAUAACCAAAGAAAAGAGGCAGCUCAUGCUAUCAAACAAUUGCAGCUGAAGCCUCUCCUGAUUGCUUAGCCACCAUUUCCAAAUUGUAGCGAUGCUAAUGGGCGCGCGCAUAGCUAGGCUUGUGCGCACACCAAAUCCAUCGUUAGUUCUUGCGCUUGUUUCUUUGUUAUCAUUGGUCGUUGUCUCAUUUGGUGAUACGGAUACUGAGAUCCUCUUAACCUUUAAGGACUCGUUAGCAAACCCUUCAGCUCUUAGCAAUUGGAAUGCUUCUAUUCAUCCAUGCAAGGGGGAUCGAGCAAAUUGGAUCGGUGUGCUUUGCCUAAAGAAUAAAAUAUGGGGCUUGCAACUAGAAAACAUGGGCCUAGCAGGGUUGGUGAAUAUUGAAAUUCUUGAUACAUUGCAUACAAUGCGCACUAUAAGCCUUAUGAACAAUAAUUUUGAGGGUACAAUGCCUGACAUAAGGAAACUGGGUGCGUUAAAGGCUUUGUAUUUGUCAAAUAAUCGUUUUACAGGGGAGAUUCCUGAUGAUGCAUUCCAAGGGAUGAGAUCCUUGAAGAGAUUAUUUUUGGCUAAUAAUGCUUUCACUGGAAAAAUUCCCUCGUCGCUAACCACCUUGCCUAAACUUAUAAUCUUGAGACUGGAGGGAAAUCAAUUUGGUGGCCGAAUACCUGAUUUUAACCCCAAGGUUGUGAAGGUGGUGAACUUGGCUAACAAUCAAUUCGAGGGUCCCAUCCCUGCAAGCUUAAGCAAAAUGGGUGCAAGCAUGUUCUCAGGAAAUAGAAAUCUCUGUGGGCCACCUCUCCAAGCAUGCCCUUUAACCAGUCCUCCACCUAGCCUCCCACCAAUCCCCUCAGCCAACCCCCAACUUGUUUCCCCUAAAAAUACAUCAUAUGGUUUGAAAGUUGCUUUGAUUGUGGUAUCAAUAGUGUUAAUACUCGUGAUCAUUGCAGCACUUAUUUUCAUUCUCUCCAUGAGGAAACAACAAUCUAAAGAAUUACAGGAAACAAAUCUUCAAGACUCAAACAAGGUGGCAGCUUACAAUGAAGGGGAAAAGAAGGUAUCAGAGAGUGGUGGAAUGAUGAAAAGGUCUGAAUUAAUAUUCUUGAAAGAUAAUAUCGAGAGGUUUGAUUUGCAAGAUCUAUUAAGAGCCUCAGCCGAGGUUCUUGGGAGUGGGAAUUUUGGAGCUUCAUACAAGGCCGUCAUAAUGAAUGGCGAAACAAUGGUGGUGAAGAGGUAUAAGCAAAUGAACAAUGUUGGGAGGGAAGAUUUUCAUGAGCACAUGAGAAGAUUAGGAAGGUUGAAUCAUCAAAAUUUGCUGCCUCCCGUGGCUUAUUACUAUAGGAAAGAGGAAAAGCUGUUGGUGUCCAAGUUCAUGGAGGAUGGUAGCUUGGCUAGUCAUCUUCAUGCCAACCAUACUCUAGAUAAACCUGGACUAGAUUGGAUGACCCGGUUGAAGAUCAUAAAGGGUGUAGCCAGGGGUUUGACUUAUCUCUACAAUGAACUUCCGAGCCUAAUUUUGCCCCAUGGUCAUUUGAAAUCUUCCAAUGUGCUUCUAGACGAGACCUUUGAGCCUCUAUUGUCUGAUUAUGCUUUAAGACCAGUGAUAAACCAGGAGCAGGCUCACCUGCUCAUGACUGCUUACAAAUCACCAGAGUAUGCUAUGAACGGCCGCAUAAGCAGGAAGACUGAUGUGUGGUGCCUAGGUAUACUUAUCUUGGAGGUCUUAACUGGUAAGAUUCCAGAGAACUAUCUAACCGCACGUUAUGAUAGUAAUACAAAUUUAGCGACUUGGGUCAAUGAGAUGGUUAAGGAGAAAAAGACCGGUGAAGUUUUUGACACAGAGAUGUCAGGAACAAAGAACAACAAAGGUGAAAUGAUAAAUCUUUUAAAGAUUGGACUAAGCUGUUGUGAAGAGGAUUUGGAGACAAGGCCGGAGUUGAAGGAAGUUGUGCAAGAGAUUGAACAGCUGAGAGAGGGAGAUGAUGAUGACGAUGAAGAAUUCUCUUCAACCAUAGGUGAAGUGAAUGCAAUUAUCUCUAGAGGAAACGUGAAGGAUGAAUCAUUUUUCUCCUUUAAUCGUUAAGCAGGACUACAAAUUAAGGGAGUUUAACGUGGAAAAAAUUUUAGAUGAAAUUGUU